GACAACAGUCAGAACUUCCUCAAAUGUUGCUGAAAGASGAAAAUAUAGCCAGAAAUUCCUUAAAAACUGUUUUCUGUUUGAAAUAGUAAUUUGAUCGMAUCUUCGCCUGGUUUGUGAUGGAUUCUAAGCCGAUCCAUCUCUGGCUUCUAUUGAUUUUCAUAUUAGAUCUCUGUAUAAUGGUUCAUGGGGAAAGUCCAGGUUACGUGAUUCUAGCYCCCAAUGUUUUCCAUGUUGGGAUUGAAGAGAAAGUGUCCGUGACAGUAACCGGAKUACGACAUCCAGUCAAAGUGCUUCUCUUUCUACACGAUUAUCCUGACAGAAAAACAAACUUUUCUCAUACUGAAGGACUAUUUAAACCUGGAGAACUUGGCUUUCUAAAACUUAAGAUAGAACCAGAAGACGUCCCUCCUCACGACGACAUGGAGCUCGAUCAAUACGUUUACCUCGUCGCGAAGUGCAAUGAUUCUCAAAUAGUGUUUCAUAAGGAAGUUAAAAUCCUAUUGGAAUACAAAGACAAGAUGGUGUUUGUACAGACCGAUAAGCCUAUUUACACACCUUUACAAACAGUGAACAUUCGAGUUAUCCCUUUGGACUUUGCAUUGAAGUCUUCUAAAGAUAAAAUUGACGUUGUAAUAAAGAACCCACAAGAUGUCAUUACUCAGAGAUGGAGAAAUAUUUCCACGGAAACGGGAUUUAUCACAAAGGCGGUGUAUCUUGGUGAUCAUUCAAUGAUUGGUAACUGGAGCAUCGUUGCCACAUAUGGUUAUUUGAAGUCACAAAACACAACAGUUAACUUUGAAGUCAAAGAGUACGUCWUGCCAAAGUUUUCAGUGACUAUUCGUGGACCGACCUAUAUUGUACCAUCGACAAAAAUCAUCCACAUCGCUGUGGUUGCAAAGUACACAUUUGGAAAGCCAGUCAAAGGAGACGUUUUGGUGCGUCUUGCCGUCACGGGAAAAGGACUCGUGGACGUCAAGUUCUUUGCUAAAUYUUCACAACUCACAGAUGGAAAGUUUAUAUUCAAAGUUGACGCAAACCUUUUCAAGAAACACGCUCUUUUGCCAAAGUUCCCACGUGGAAGAAGGCUUCUGAUCGAGGUUGAUGUUGUGGAGCAGGCCACCGGUGUACGUGAAAGUGCUAUCGAUAAUUCGAUAUACUUCGUGACCACGCCCUACCAUGUCAGUCACGAGAACACUGCCAAGUACUUUAAACCCUCGAUACCGUUUCAAAUAAAGAUAGAUGUCCACUAUCCCAAUAACAAGCCAACGUCACAUCUAAACAUCCAAAUCAAAGCAGUUGGCAAAAACAAAGCAGGCAAGGARGUUGACAUGYURGGGAAAGACAAUGAUAAGAAGAGAUCCUUUCUACAAGACAAAACUAAACUAGAUGGAAGAGUUGAAUUCCCYAUAGAUGUACAAAGAGAUAUUGUCUCCAUUAAUGUACAGGUUGAAACUAAAGGUAAAGGCAUUCCAGAAAAUGAAAACGCAGCAGUAGAUUUCACAGUGAAGGCAUACAACUCAAAAUCKGGGAGCUAUCUACAUAUAGAAACAAAAACUGAAAAGGCAUUAGUCGGCACAACGUCCACAUGGAAUAUAAUCCAGAACAGAAAUAUAUCAGCUCUUAACUUUAUGGUGAUGUCACGUGGUCGAAUUCUUACCCAGGGUACGUCACGAUACGAGAUUGGUUUAAAUAUAGUCAGCACGAUGAAAUUUCUCGUUACCAUGGAAAUGUCUCCUAGAUGUCGUGUUCUUGCGUAUUACGUCACUAGGGACAAUGAGAUAGUGGCUGAUAGUGCUGUGCUAGAGGUCGAACAACGACUGCCUAAUAAGGUACAGUUUGAUAGAAAAGAACUAAACAAUCCACUUCAAAAAACCGAGAUUCCUGGGACUCCCUACACAAUAAAAGUAAAGACCACGCCUUGGUCACGUGUUGGUCUUAUUGGUGUAGAUGAGAGUGUUYAUUUACUACGGAAGAAGAAGAAACUAACAGCUAAAAAGAUAUUUAAAGAAGUUAAGGCUCUUGACAGCGGUUGUGGUGUCGGGCCUGGUAAAGAUAACAGUGAAGUUUUCGAGAAAUCUGGUUUAAUGGUUAUUAGCAAUACAAAAAUAUUCACCAAGGACAAAGGAGGGCUUAGUUGCUCAUCUAACUCAGUAUCAAAACUGAAGAGGAAAAAGAGAUCUCUUUUAACUCAAGAAGAGCAAUCGUGUUGCGAUCUUAGUAUUUACUUUUCCCGCGCGUCCUGCGCAUUGCGAGCACGUUUCAUGGUAAAGGCCUCCGUGGCCUGCAGAGAAGCGUUUCUCAACUGCUGCAGAAUAACAUGGGGUGAAAAAGAAUCUAAAGUGGAAGUCAGACAAAGACAAUUCCAAGAAAGAAACGGAGACUCGUUUGACGACGAAGGCGAUAUUUCAUCUUCUGAGCAAACGCGAAAGUACUUCCCAGAAACCUGGUUAUUUCAYGAGCAAUUUGCAGGAUCAACAGGUGAAAUUGUGCUCCCGAUUACCCUACCGGACACCAUUACGACUUGGGUUCUACAAGCAAUGUCUAUAUCUAAUAAAACAGGAUUUGGACUGGCUGUACCGUCAMGAAUCACAACAUUCAAGGAGUUUUUUGURUCUUUGACGCUGCCAUAUUCGGUACAAAGAGGCGAGCAACUAUCUGUUAUUGCUACAGUGUUCAACUAUGGUGCUGAUGAACACUUGUACCAAGUCCGUCUUCUCGGCAGCAGUGGAUUUUGUUCUCAAGCUAUGCCUGGUGCGCACUCAAGACCAAUCGAAUUUAGAUUGAAAGGCAAUGACGUAAAGUCCGUAACAUUUCCAUUAGUCCCUAUUCAACUUGGCAAAGUCCAGAUCAGAGUUUCCGUAACACAAAAAGUUUCUAGUGAAUUUGAUGAAUCKUCUUCGACAGACACAGUUUUGAGGGAGCUUCUUGUCGUACCUGAGGGUGCUGAAAGAAGACUUGUACAAUCCUUUGUUUUGGAUCCUCAAGGGGUUUUACGAGAUGAAAACCGCAAUUUUUCUAUUAGCAGCAACACAACUGURCGGCCAACACUGAAGAAUUCAAGAAUUGUACAAGAUGGUCAUCAAAUCGAUAACUUAAUGCUUACAAUACCAAGUAGAGCUAUCCCAGGAUCCCUUAAGGCCUCUCUCYACCUGACAGGAAAUCUUAUUGGACCAGUAGUUACCAGUCUCAUCAAAGGAGRACUGGAGGACAUACUGCGCAUGCCCCUAGGAUGCGGGGAGCAGAAUAUGAUCUAUCUAGCGCCAAAUGUCUACGCCCUCGAAUACUUGACGAACACCAGACAAGUGACUUCCGAAGUUGAGUCGAGGGCUUAUCGAUUUAUUCAACAAGGCUAUCAACAAGAGCUGGGGUUUCGACGCAAAGAUAAAUCGUUCAGUGCAUUUGGAGAGACAAGACCAGGAAGCACUUGGCUCACAGCGUUUGUAGUCAAAGUAUUCAGCGCUGCUAUGAGAUUUGAUGGCAUCGCUAUAGACGAGAACAUGCUCUGUGAAUCAACACAAUGGUUGCUUAGCAAUCAGAGGGCUGACGGAGCUUUUCCAGAAGUUCAUGAUCUUAUUCAUAAAUCACUCCUUGGUGGUGUCCAUGGUGAUGUUGCCAUGACGGCGUUUGUAGUGAUGAGUCUACACGAGUCAAAWUGUCAUACUCAGAAUCUCAAAGCAGCUAUGGCAAAAGCAGUUAAAUACCUUGAGAAAGAACUCGACUCCUUGCAUAAGGCACAUGUGUUAGCAMUCACUACCUACUCUCUCGCUCUUGUUAACAGCCCAAUGGGUGCUAAAGCCAACAGAAAGCUCAUGUCGAUGUCUACUCUUGAUAAAGAUAAAAACACACGCUAUUGGAAAAUUGGUGGUGACGCCCUUAAUGUAGAGACCGCUGGAUAUGCUUUGUUGGCUCAGCUUUAUCUUGGUCGUCUUAAACAUGGCGGAUCAAUUGUCACAUGGCUGACGGAACACAGGAAUUCAAAGGGAGGGUUUGUCUCGACUCAGGAUACCUGUGUUGCUCUUCAAGCCCUUGCKAAGUACAGUGAAARAACAGCMGGUGCUAACAUUGACCUCAGCGUUUCAAUUUUACCGGAGAACGAUGCAAGCUGGAAGAGAACGUUUCACAUUGAUAGGAGUAAYGCUUUAAUACAACGAUCUGUCGAUAUUACUCCCUUUCUUGGUGGCGAGCUCUUCAUUGAUAGCAUUGGGACAGGCGUCAGUCAGUUGCAGAUUGAAAUUCUUUAUAACGUUCCAUCAUCUAAAAAUGAAACGUGUAUGUUUGAUGUGACGGUCGAUGUUAAAGAGCUCUUCAAUCARAACGCCAUUAAUGAAGAUAUCUUCAUCUUUGGACGGUCCKCAAGCAGAAAGAGAAGAGAAAUAAGAAGUAGAAAAGGCAGAAAAUCUCGGAGAAGAAAAUGCAGAAGAAGGAACCGAAAGCGGUGUCGGAAAGAUAGAAAUAAGAGAAAGAGAAAACGUGGAGGAAAGAAGAAGAAAAACCWUAACAAGAAAGACAAAAAACAAAAAACACAAGGAAAAGCACCAGAUACCUUGCUAUUAAAUGUCUGUACAAGGUAYCGAAGACCAGGAAAAUCAGGAAUGGCAAUAAUGGACAUUGGAAUAUUCACAGGAUUCGAACCGGACAAAAAAUCUCUCAUUGAGUUACAAGAGAAUGUCAGACCAACUGUAGACAGGUUUGAAUUCUCUGAUCGAUCGAUAGUCUUAUAUGUCAAAGAGGUUCCCAGUACCAAAGAAUUCUGCGCAGCGUUCAAGGUCAACCGUGURUUUGGAAUUGGUGCUGUUCAACCUGUACCAAUAAAAGUGUAUGACUAUUAUGAACCAGGUGAUGCCUGCACAAAGUUUUACUCUCCAGAUGACAAGAGUGAACUUAUCCUCGGCAUUUGUAAAGGSGACCAAUGCAAAUGUACACAAGAUGGCUGUACACCGUGUAAUAUACUAUUUAGUAGUGUCGAUGAAAUGAUGGCAAAGGCCUGCAAAGACCACGAGUUUGUGAUAAAGGGAAAGGUAGUGUUGGUUGAUGAAAACAACCAAAACAAAGUUUCCUGGUUGACAUACUUUGUUGAAAUUCAACAAAUCUUCAAACAAGCUGGUGGCAAGGGAAAGAUGAGUAUUGGUGGAGUCAUUGAGUACAAAAAGCGUGCUGGGUGUACAUGUCCUGAAUUGAAUGAAGACCAUGAGUACUUAAUCAUGGGUCAAGAAGAGGGUCUGCAAUUGAUCUUAAAUAAGAACACCGUAGUAAUGCCUUGGCAGGCCAGGUCAUCCAAUGACAUCCAUGUGUUCCGCAGUUUCAGGGCGAGAAUAAACCAAGGCCAUUUAUGUCCCUAAGAUUGGCCCACUUUCAAUACCAUAGUUUUUUACAAACACAAAGACAUCUGUCAUUCAAUAACUACAUUAGAACUUUCUUUUUUAGCUCAAUCUCUCAUUAGUUUGCUGACAACUGCUUUUCCUAGAAGCCACUUUUGYCAAAGUAUACUUUCCCCAAUUUGUAGCUUGUUUAGCAAUUGAACCCUCAAGAAACGGCAAAAACUGCCCUGAAAACCUUUCUAGACUUUUUAUGCAAUUAUAUAGGUGUCAUUUCUACAAACAGUAGACUAAGGGGAAUUCAUUUACACAGCAUAAAUGUAAAGGUACAUUUGGAUACAAUGAUUUCGCAGUAUGAGGAGUCUAAAUGACAUCUGAACAUAAAGUAUUAUAGAAGAAGUCGAUGCUUUACUCAAUAAAUUUAAUUCUGUGCAUGCAAACACUUGUACAUGUUAUACACUUGAUUUUAAUUUAAUAUUUCAGUUAAUUUUUCUAGUUUCAUGCAUGACGUACAUGAUGAAAUUUGAUACAAUGAAGUUGAUUAAGUGCAGGUCAUAAAUCUGUUGAACAAUUAUUAAAUAAUGGGAAGGGUGACUGCACUAAUGCGUGAAACAUAAGUAGAGUGUAUUCACUAAAUCUGUGAAAUUGUACAMAAUCAAAAUAACACAAUUUGUACUUAUUUGUGUAAAAGAAGCGAACAUAAAUUGAAGAACCAUUGUUUUUAAUGAAUACCCUUAACUAUAUUACACCACACAGUGCUAACGAAUUGGUACAAUUUCACAGAUUUAGUGCGUAGUUACUACAUGUAAUUAGAUUAUAUGAAUUACUUUGUUUAUUAUUCUC